CCCGCUCUCUGUCUGACAGGAAGAACCAGCGGAUCUUUGUGCGCAUGCGCCAGAUUCUCGCUGCAGAUUUUCCCCAAAAAAAACAAUAAUUUCUUCUUCUGAGUGACACUUUAUGGCCAAAUACAUGAGGCCCCCAAACACGUCUUUGUUCGUCAGAAACAUCUCCGAUGAAUCCAGAAAAUGUAAAAGCAUCCAGUUGUGGAACCGGCCACAAAGAGUAACAAAGACCCGUGUAGAGUAGCUGUAAAGACAAGUCACACAGACCUUCAGGAUCAGAGGGAGGGAAAAGGUUGAAAAGAGAAAGUAAAGCAUGAAGAGGAAAAGGGAACGGAGACAAAGCCUGGAUAUGGCGGCAAAGAAUUGGGAAAAGAAAAGAGGUUUAAGAGGAAAAGGCAAGCAGGAAACCCGAGUCUCUGUGGGAGUCGAUUAAAGAGUGUAAAGAUCAAGAUGAAGUUCAAAGUCAAGCAUGGGCAAAGCAUAUUUGAGGAUGUGCGUGAUGCAGAAGAUGCUCUUCACAGCCUGGACAGGAAGUGGGUUUGCGGUCGGCAGAUUGAAAUCCAGUUUGCACAGGGUGACAGAAAGACACCAAAUCAGAUGAAGUCAAAGGAACGCCAUUCUCCAGGCAGAUCGUCUCGAUACGACGACCACGAUCGAGACGGCAGGCGCAGACGUUCGCGCAGCCGCAGCUACGACAGAUACAGAUCACGCAGCCCUUCUUAUGAUCGCCAUCGUAGACGGUCCGAGAGUCCUCGCGAGUCUCGUGGGUGGGUGUAUGGAGGGAGAAGCAGGAGUCGCGAGGAUGACGGGUACUGCUGGUCUUUGACUGGAUACAGGCCGAGGGCUCGGAGAGAGUCCAGAGGGAGAUCACGAUCCCGCUCCAAAUCCGCAUCGCCACGAGAAAACGUCAACCCAGCGUCGACUUCCCGUUACACGGAGGAAGUGCGACGGACACACUCCCCAUCCCGCUCCAGGUCCCGGUCCGCAUCAAGAUCACGCUCCCAUUCACGUUCACGGUCCCGAUCCUGGGCUGGCCGCAAGUCGGGAGGACGCUAGAAAAGCAGCCGCUCCCCCCCCUUCUAUCCGUCGUUAUGUCAGAUGCACCAGAGUUGGUUCAUUUGUCAAGAAAUGUUUGUUUUGACAUGAAUGUAACGUCCACUGAACCAUUUGUAGAAAGCUUGUUUUGCAGCUCCAUUUGAAGAACAAUGCUGGUCCUUUUGCUUGGUUUUCUAAAAUUGUAUUGGUGAGAUUUCCCCCGAUUAGAAAUAUGAAACAGUCAGCGGUUUCUGUGUUCAGUGGUAGUCGGCCAGGAAUAAUUGUCUUUUUUAAUAUGCGGUUACUGAUCAUUUUGUUUUCUAAACCCUAUGCACCCAUUUUUGCAAAAAAAAAAGAAAACAUUCAGUAUUUUAAAAUGAAUCCAGUCCGUUGGCGAACCAAACCAACGUUUCUGUGUGUUUUAUCACAUUUAUAACAAAUCAGGUACUUUUUACUCUACUGCUGACCUUUCUCCACAGAUUUCUCUUCCCUUCUUUCAGCCACAGGUGUCUUUUGAUAUUCAAAAAUAUAAAACUUGCUUUACAUAAUCUGUCACAGUGAACAUUACGGAGAUGCUCAUCAAGCUAUAUUGUCAAGUAGCAGACUGAAUUGAAAAGUGCACUGCAUUAUCCUGCAACUAUAACGCAACUAAAAAAAACAAAAACAGAUGAAAAUUAGUCCGUGGCAGCCUCAAAGAAAAACAUGACCACAGGUAAAGGAUAUGAUCUGUUUUGGAAGAUGAUCAGCAGUAGCACCAUGUAUGAGUAUUGAGGCUAAAAUACACAGAAACGCUGCCGUGGUCCGUAAGUGUUAAGAUGUUGUCGACCAGUGACUUAAAACCACAAACUGUUUUAAAAUGUACAUUAAUCUGUUUUAAUUUGUGGCGUUUUAUGUCAGAUUAGACCUUUUUUUUUUCAAAAGGUAUUUUAUUUUUGGAACAUUUCUCCAAAGUUUGGUUGUGAGAUGAGGAGGAACAAAACUCUCUUGUUGGUGUUUACACGACUGUGUUGAUGGUUUUUCAGAUUGAAUCUUGUCACUGCAUGUUUUAUUCUAAUCUUCUAUUCUUAGUAGGAAGAAACUGUUAUUUUGAGUAAUAAAUGGAUAACAUUCAGUAUAAGGAAA